CUCACUCUCUUUUCUUUCUGAUUGGUGCGUAUUUUUACCUGCUAACCAAGAAAUUCAGUCGAAACAUUAACAAAUCGUGGGUCAAACAGUGAAUAUAAUCGUAGAUAUCAAUUUGCAAAUUUAGCGUUUCUUUCCUCCAUUGGAUUACUUGGUUAUAUUGUUCAACAAGGAAUUGUUGGAGCUGUUUUACAAGAUAAACAAUGGAUAACGUAAAUACAGAAGAAUUGAACGAGAACGCAAGUGAGAAGAGUUGGGUCCUAAUAAACAGGAGCACUGAACAAACCUGUGAUAAUGAAACUAAUCAGUUACCAGAAUUGCAAGAGGAUUUAAUUAACAAGACUCAGGUGAUACAAGUACCAAAUAAUGGCAUUGAAAUAUUAUGUGAAUAUACAGAUUCAGACGACACAUCCAAUGAUAUAUCUGUCAUAACAGAAAAUGAUACAGAUGCUCUUAACAAAAUUCUUUUAACUAAUGAAAAUAACACAAUAUCUGAACCUGAGUACAUGAUUGACAAAGUCAUUCGUUACUUUCAAUUACAAAAUAAUAUAACAAAAAAUAAUACAGGUGUUUUAAAUAAAAAUGUUUCAUCAACUCGUUUAAAUUACAAUAGAUAUAGAUCUAAGGAUAUGUUUGAUAAAAUCAUUCAUCAGAAUUCAUCAGAAAACCAAUCAGAAAAUGAUAUCAAGGGAGACAUGAUGUUAAUUCAUAUGUUACUUGUCUGUAUAACUUUUUGUCUUAUUGGUUAUCUUUCUUGCGGUAUUUGGCAAAUUAAUAGGAAUACGGAUGAAAUUAAAAAUGGUCUAACUGAAUGUCGUAGUAUUAUUAAUACUUUCAAAGAAGUGAAUAUAACACUAAGUGAAAUCAAAGCACAUAUUGUAAUGAAAAAUAAACUUAACGAAGAUCGUGCUAAGCAGCUUUUAAAAAGUAUUAAUUAUUCUAAUAAAAUGAAUAAUUUCAACAAUAAUACAUACCUAUUGGAUCAUCUUGAAAUAUUCUUAAAUGUAUUAUCAUUAUUGAGUAACGAUAUUUAUAACAGCAAUAGCCUGUUGAAAAAUGAGAUAAACAAGACCCUAGAUGUCAUAAAUAAUACAAAAGCAUUUUAUGAAACUUUAAUAUCAUUUAAUAAUAAUACUAAAAAUAUGAAUGCUUUUGCUAUUGUGCAAUUUUUACAAAAUGCUAUUGACAAGAUACAUCAUACCUCUCAUUCACUUCUCAUUGAUUUAGUAAAGAAAAUAAGCAACAUAAUGUUAAAUAUACAUAGUAAGUAUAGUAAAAUGGGAUAUAAAUUAAAUGAACAAGUGUGCUACUUGAAAAGUAUGUUACCUGAAGAUAACGAAUUUCUAAAACAAUUAACUGCAAAGAGCCAGCUUUUAAGUAACUAUGAGAAAUAUUGUUAUUUGAAAAAUACAUCAAUGAAAUUCAAUGGCAAAGCAAAUAAGGAACAAGAUACAAAGACAAAUGAUAAAAAGAAGCAAACAAAAAGAGCUGAUGAUUCAGUGUUGCAAAAAAUGUUUGAGGAAAAGGAUACUCAGACAGCUGAUGCUAAAAUAUGUUGUGAUAAAAUAACAAAUGAUUAUUCAUACCCUACCAUAAUAGGUCAGUGUAUAGAUGAAACACUGAACCAUAGUUUUGAUGAGACUAGGGAAAACACAAAAAUUACAUCAGAUAAUGGAAAAAUUACUACAAAUAAAACCAAGAUAAAAGAACCAAUGCCAAAUAACUAUUCCAGAUCAAACGAUUUUGCCAAAAAAGUCUCUAAUACUGAUAAACCAGUUAGAAACAAGAACAUACCACCCAAAAUUAAAAAGAAAGACCAUGUACCAAAAUUGGGUAAAAGUCAUAAAAAUUUAUUUAAGGACGAACCAGUGGAGCAAGACCAUCAUCAAAUGAAAAGUGCGGAUUGGCUGUUCAAAAGGUCUAAUGGACGGGAGAAAUUACGGAAGACUUCGAAUACAUAUUUACCUAAAGUUCGCAAAGCCUCCGAACUCGAACUUGAGAUUGAUGCAAGUAUACAUGAUAUGAUAGAAAAAUUUGGAGAGAACAUUGAUAAAACUUUGCGUCUUCUUAAACAAAAGAUGGAGCAGGUUCUAGAAGAACGCAGUUUCUUCAAAAGGAAGUAGUGUGAUGUUAGUUAUUAUAGUAUUAUUAUAGUAUUAUUUCCAUCAUAUUUCCCUUACGAUCUCUAUCCUAGGGUAUUUUUUACAUGAUAGUAUAACGAUAGGAGAAAUUAACAGAUAUUCGAAAAUGCAAAAAUAUGCAAAUGUACAAAAAUAUUCAAUGUGCGUUUGUGAUUGUGUGUUAUUUGUUUUUUAUAAUUAAAUUUCAAUGCUUGCAUUGCGUUGCGGAAACAAAAUUUGUUAUGCAGUAUAAUGUGAGAUUUGUCGCAUUUUAAUAACUUGUUUAUCGUAAUUUUCAUUUUGAAUCUCAUUUGUUCUAAGAGACUAGGAGAUAGAAAUAGAGUUGAUACAGUUUUAUUUUGUGAAAUGGAAAACAUGUGCACAACAAGCCAUGACAAAUUAUCAUUAGUGAUAAAAACGACGUCCAAGUGACCUGUUUAAUAGUAUAAUUUUAACGUGAAAAGAGUAUAAUGUACAUUAUUAAUAUAUAACGCCAUAUAUUUUCAUCGAAAAUUCUAAAAAAUAUAUAUUUUUGUGAAGCUCUACCUGUGGUCUAUUUGUAUAUGUGUAUUUGUAAUUACAUUCAUCGGAGAUUGCAAUGCGCUACGCAUUCGGUGCUAAACGUGACUUCGAGUCUGAAGCUCAACUAGAUCUUUUUCAUUUUUGCGCGAAACCCUCGAUUGUCGAAUCAUCGUCGAACAGCGCGUCACGACGAUCUGAGUCAUGGUAUCGUCUAACUUCAGACGUGAUGCGUAUUUGGCGUCGGGUUUGUGUAUAUACGCACUUCAACUUAUUCUACAUAUUUAUCUGCUAUAUAUAGUCAGCCACGCGCGUAUGGUACGUAUCGCCAAAAUAUUUAUUUUCUCGGGACGGAGUUUCUGGAACGCGCGACAUUUUAACCUGUCGCGCGAAUUUCGCCAGCAGAAUCGAAUAGCGCGUCUCUACGACGCGACGUUAUUGGCGCAUUUGCAAGUCGAUCGCGUCGAGAGCAGUGCGAAAUACCAAUCAACGCAGUCCGCGAAACACUUGUCGCGACCCUCUGCGGUUUAUCGCGUAUGAUGCAUUGAUAUGUAUUCUAUUCGAGGCGAGAAACGAGUUCGUUGUUUCAAAUAUAAACAACAGAGACUGACUUCGACAGGACACGAUGAAUGAGCGGAUACUCGGCCGGGGUGGGCGUUUAUUCGUCGAUUGAACGACAAACGAUUGCAAAUGAGAUUUUUCGUGUUUCCGAGAGGCACGCUCAACGCCUGACAUUGAUGUCGGAGCAACAAAGGAA